AUGGCGCUCAAUGAUUCUUCUAAAGAUGAGCGCGCAUUUACUUACUUGGUCGGCAUCGGCGUCACGCAUUCCAUUGCGCCGUUGAUGCAUGACUUUGUCGCACAAUCGCUCGGCUACGACUGGAAGUUCCUCGCUCAAGAAUGUCCCACGGUGGAAGACGCCGUGGCUCUCUUUCGAAAACCCAAUUUUGCUGGUGGAGUGGUGACCAUGCCAUACAAGGGGACGAUCAUGAGACACCUGGAUGGGCUGGACGAGCAUGCUACCACCAUCGGGGCCUGUAACAACGUGUAUCGAUCCGCGGACGGUUCGCUGCGAGGGACCAACACGGACUGGCGUGGCAUCCGAGGCUGUUUAUCGGAUGGAGAUCCGCAGGGCAAGGGAAAGGGCAGACCGGCUCUCGUGAUAGGCGCCGGAGGUGCCUCCAGGGCGGCACUCUAUGCUCUGUACGACCAGUUACGAUGCAACCCGAUCUACAUUGUCAAUCGGGAUGCCGGCGAGGUCGACGCCCUACGGAAGGAUGCUGAAGUCUAUGGAGGCUGGGUGAAGAUCGUAUGGAUUCGCUCGGUCGAAGAAGCAAAAUCACUGGACGCGCCAUACUACAUCGUGGGGACGGUACCCGAUUUUGAGCCAAAGAGUCCCGAGGAACUUGCAGGCCGGGACGUGAUCGAGUAUUUCCUGUCGCACGCUGGCACUGAAAACAAGGGGGUUCUGCUGGACAUGUGCUUCAAACCUCGGCGGACGAGGUGGCUGAAGCUCGCCGAGAAACAUGGCUGGAAGACGGUUGAAGGAACGGGGAUUAUUGGUCACCAAAUAGAAGAGCAAUACCGACUCUGGAUUGGGGAAGCGGCCGCCAAACGCAUAGACGUGGACGCGGCACGGGCAGUGCUGCAAAAGGCGGCGGAGACCAGUCCAGCGAUCAACUUCUAG